GGACGGUUGCUUCUGGCGGCUAACUCCUUGGGUCGGGUGGCGGUCUCUGGUCGGUCUUCAGGUCUUCGGGGUGGUCCUCGGGCUGGUGUUGGAACUGGAGCUCUUCGAGUUCUGGCAGCGAACUCCUUGGAUCGGGUGGCGGUCUCUGGUCGGUGUUCAGGUCCUCGGGGUGGUCCUCAGGUUGGCGUUGGAGUUCUUCGAGUUCUGGCAGCGAACUGAGGAUCUUCGUGCAGGAACGGUGGUUUUAUUGUCCCAAUCCCCCCUUGACUAGGCAGGAGUCGUGGUGGGACUAUGCGCGCGGCCCUCGACAGAGUGGGGCAGCGGACGGUUUCGGCUCGACUCGCGGUUAAUUGCUCUCACCCAAUUAAACUAAUUAAAUAAAUAACUGGCCAGCGGCCUUACACAAAUCGGAAAAUAAUAAUGCUUCAUUACAUCCUCCCAGGGACUUGGAAAUGAACGUGUUGAAAAUAGGCAUCAUACAAAAAAAAGAUAACGAACUGCACUUUGUUCAUAGAACGUUUGCGGAGUACUUUGUCGCAGAAAGUCUAAUAGAGGAAUUGCGACUCGGGAAUCAGAACGUGGAUUUCCAAAGGUUUCUGAUUGAAGAAAUACUAAUAGAAUAUCAUUUUAGCGUUACCCGUGCUUUCCUUAAUGGUUUCCUGUACCAGGUCGUAGACGAUUUAUCUUCCAAAACUUUUCAGAAAUAUCAACACUUCUCGUACAAAAGUACCUCCUUUGACACGCUCAGCUCGGAUUUACUUCAUCGCCUCGUAGAAAAAGGUCACGUGGCGAUUGUUCAACUUAUUUUGAAGUGCGUAGACUUCAAUAUUACCGCGGGAAUGCGAGACCAACACCUCGAAGCCCCUUUUACAGAAAGCAAUCCAGAUAAUAUACUGAACACUAUACGUACCCGCUUACGACAAGAAGGGUUAGAAAUUAAAGAUGCUCUUAAAGGUGCAACACUUCUCGAAUCUGCCAUUAUGUUUGACCGUUUGGAAAUGGCCAAGUUUCUACUGAAACAAGGAGCCAACGUAAAGAACGUUGACUUCACACACCUCCUUCUAUCCGCGGAAUGCGGCCAGUUUGAUAGGUCUAAAUUCUUGAUAGAGCAAGGGGCAGACAUCAGAGCGAAAUAUCCCAUCCACCGCACUACUGUACUGUACAAAAUUAUUCAAAGAAACAACCCUGAUAUGGCCGCUUACGUUCUGGAUACGAUCUUGACGAGCGAUGGUUUAUAUCUAAGCUAUCCGAUUAUUCCUUACACUGCAGCUUAUUUGGGCAGAUUAGAUAUGCUUAAAAGGCUCAUGGAACAAGGCCUGGAUGCCAACAGUCAAGUGGAAAACGGCGAGACUAUGAUUUUCGGCGCCGCUCGUGGGGGUAAACUAGAAACGAUCAGAUAUCUGGCGCGGCAAGGGUGUGACUUAAACAGUAAGGACUGCUGGAAUGACACUGCGUUGCAUAUAAUCUCAGGAGAUUCCUCGCUCUUCUCCACCGCCAAACUACUUGUGAAGUUGGGGAUAUGCUUUAACGCUGAGAAUUUGAACUCUGCGACGGCGUUUCACUUUGCGGUAGAAGCGAGUAAUUUCGAUUUGGUUAAAUUACUUGUGAAUCGUGGCACGGACGUGAAUUUGAAAGACGGAAAGGGGAGUACUGCUCUCCACGUAGCCGCUUCGAAUAUUCAAGGGAAUAUCGUGAGAUUCCUCGUGAAACACCAUGCGAAUAUAAACAGUAAAGAUAAAAAUGGCCGCACGGUCUUGCAUCUGGUUAUUUCAAAAGGUGCUGCCCUUGAUAAUACUUGGUCUGUUAAACGUUCCCAAAACUACAUACUCGCGGAUCAGUUACACAUUAUCAAGUUCUUCAUAGACACUAAAGGAGAUAUCAAUAUUGAAGACGCUAGUGGUUAUACCGCGUUACAUUUGGCGGCUGCGUCCGGUCAAUUGGAGAUCGUCCAGUUGCUUAUAGAAUCCAAAGCCAACGGCGAUAUUAGAGACAGAAAUGGCAGAACCGCCCUACAUUUAGCUGUUUUUAGGGGUCACCUAGACAUCGUCGAAUUCCUCGCGCGGCAUGAAGUAAACGUGAAUAUUAAAGACAAAUACGGCCACACGUUAAUACAUUACUUAGUACUUUCCACGGAUCACUUAGACGUACUUAAAUUAAUUCUCGAAGGUGGCGGAGACGCUAAUCUUCAAAGUAAGAACGGUCGCACGGCAUUACAUUUAGCCACUGAUAGCAAUAACUUAGAUGCCGUUAAACUCCUUGUGGAGUUUGGAGUUGAUUUUAAUAUUAAGUGCAGCGGUGGCAACACUGCAUUGCAUACGGCCGUCAAGAAAGGUUACUUCAGUAUCGCUGAAUAUCUGAUAAGAGUCGGCGCAGAUACCACUGUUAGAAAUCAUUUCGGAUGCACAGCACUGCAUUUCGCUGCUAAUAGAGGGGAUUGGGCAAUAAUAUCAAUGCUUGGGGGAAGGGAUUAUAUGACACGACAAAUGGAUACUUACAGAGAUAGAUCGGAUUUCAUCAAAAUUCUUGAGUGUGGAGUAGACGUUGGUACCACGGACAAUAAUGAACUGUUCUUAAUGAACAUCAGGAGUAGAGAAAGGAAACUAUAUUUGGACAUCGUUAAGAUUCUCGUUGCGGGAUGUAGUGAACUUGUUAAUGUUAAAGACUUGACUGGAAGCACAGCUUUGCAUUUGGCCGUCUUAAAAGGUGAUUUAGAAGUGGUGGAGUUUCUUGUGUCACACAAUGCGGAUGUUAGCAUCAAAAACUAUUGUGGUCUUACCGCGGCACAAUUGGCUGUUGAAAAUGAAAGGCCAGACAUGGUCAAGUUACUUGUGAAGGCAGGUGCAGAUGUUAGUACCUGAGAUAUUGACAGUUGCAUGGGCAUCUUGUACAGUCCAUAUAAUGGGUUGUUCCCAUUUUUUCAUUCAUAAGAAAAAUGUUGUAGUCUAUCCUGUAGAAACAGUCAAGUUGUUAGAAUGUGGCAUGGAGGUGGUAUAUAUACAUACAACCAUGUGGUCGUAUGGCAUUCAUUUAAGAGAAACUUGGAUUAGCUUAAUACUUUUUGAAGGAAAAUAAAAAUUAUAUCUUACUCUGAAAAUAAAUUUUCCGGAGCAUAUUCAAAAAUUCAAAUAACAUGUUUGGCUUUUUGAGAAACAUUUUACUGUUCUUCAUAUGUUCUGAGUCACUAAUAUUAUAUACAUUUGAGUAUUAUCUUUUAAAUGUGAUUGUUUAUAUCCUACCAUGGGCUACAAUCAUGAUUGUUGCUUUCUAAAUUCGAUAUUCUGUGGUUAAAGUUGGAACAAAUUACAAAAAAUAGUGUAUCAUUUUUACAUAAUGAAUUUUUUAACAUCAGAAUUCCCAUCUUUCAUUUUAGACAAUUUGAAACUUUAUUUGUCAGCAGUUAGUAUAAAUAUCCUGAAAAAAUCACCAGUGUAGGUGUCCAUACUUAGUUUGAAUAUAAGAUCAAUGAGAUAUGAAUUUUUAUUUAAUUGUAAUAUUGUUAGAUAUCAAUUACGGUGGCAUGUUUGUGUAUUAAUGUUUCUAUGUGAUUAGUUUGUGCCAUUAGUCCAGAUGGUAUCUGUUUCAAAAAGUCCAUAUUUGGGUGAAUCGUAUAUCCACGGAGAUUUUUGGCUUUUUCGCUUU